AGAAUUCUAUCUCAUUUUCUAUAGACUAUACUGAGCAUAGUUUGAUUUAGUCUCAUUAAUUUCGUAUCAGUUAUUAUACAAUUUUCAUGCUCUUGAGUUACUACUCCACAUUGAGUUUAUCCAGACGACGGGCUUCCAGCUUGCUUAGAUUUAUUUAGCGGAGUCGGCUCCAGCCUUCCAACCACCCUCUCCCGCCCAGACAUUCAGUCUCUUACCUGCGUCCUCGAACUAUCGACAAAAGGGCUGCUUGCUCACCCGGGAUCAAGAAUCCUUGCCUUGAUCCAGGUUUACUUGUCCCAAAGCAUGAGAUCAGCCGCAUAAACAGGGGGAAUGGCACCUCAGACAGAAAAAAGCUCCCUCAAAAGGGGCCGUAGAAGUGUAGAAAACGAUACGCAGGAUUUGAAAAAACCGCGUCGUUCGGAGAGGAUAUCGUCGCAAACCUCGACGACAAAAGUUACCCCAAUUCAACAGACCUAUCUUCCAACACCAUUGACCCACCAUGAUUCGACUGCUACGGAUAUUCGACAUGAACGUACCGCUACUCCGCCAGACGAGCUCGACCAAACCCGCCAGCCCACGCCCGAUUCAGAGUCUCAAAACCUUUCCUCUCCACCUGGGGAUACCCAAGCGUUCUCGCAAUUCGUAUAUCCACCUAGAGCCUUUGUUGAUGAAGUUAAGGAUGAGGCUGCAGAAGGUGUUUGGGGCUACUUGAUCCCGUUGACUGAUAAAGUUAAAGACACACUCGUGCUACGGAAGAGGGACAGCUGUGCAGACCGAAAAACGCGAGAUUCCGAUACCAAACCCACACCAACAAAUCAACGAACGCCUAGAACAUCUACAAACAAACAGACAAAGAGUUUCCCCCCUGGUGGCUACUUGGUAGGACGUCAUCCAGAGUGCGACCUGGUCGUUGAAAUCCCGACGAUAUCAAACCGCCAUUUUCUACUAUUCACCGAGAAUAAAAAAGGCGAUGCUGUUGCAAUCGUGGAAGAUCUUUCUAGCAACGGCACUCGCGUCAACGAUGCAAUUGUUGGGCGCAACAGACACCGAGAGCUUGAAGAUGGUGACGAAAUCACAAUACUUGAUCAGGUACGGUUUGUCUUCCGCUACCCUCGGACAAGGCACACAAAUCGUUUUCUGCAACAAUACCGUAUUCUUCAACAACUCGGAAAGGGACAUUUUGCAUCUGUAUAUUUGUGUGUUGAGCGAGCUACUGGGACACAUUAUGCAGUCAAGGUCUUCGAGAAGCGACCGGGUGACUCCCAAAAGUCUCACAUGGAUUCGUUGCAGCAAGAAGUAGCGUUGUUGAUGAGUGUAAAUCACCCCAAUUUGCUGUGCUUAAAAGACACCUUCGAUGAAACCGAUAGCGUCUAUCUUAUUCUGGAACUCGCCCCGGAAGGCGAACUUUUCAAUUACAUAGUCGCCAAACAAAAGCUUUCUGAAUCGCAGACCCGUCACAUUUUUGUUCAGCUGUUUGAAGGUUUGAAGUAUCUACAUGACCGUGGCAUCGUGCACCGAGAUAUAAAGCCAGAAAAUAUACUCAUGACGGAUACAAAGUUGACCGUCAAGUUAGGAGACUUUGGUCUAGCGAAGAUUAUUGGGGAGGACUCGUUCACAACAACAUUAUGUGGAACUCCAAGUUAUGUCGCACCAGAGAUCCUUCAAGAAACCCAACGCCGCAAGUACACGAAGGCCGUGGAUAUCUGGUCACUCGGUGUUGUCCUUUACAUUUGUCUGUGUGGAUUCCCUCCUUUCUCCGACGAACUCUACACCAAGGAGAAUCCAUACACUUUGGCCCAGCAGAUCAAGAUGGGCCGUUUUGACUACCCGUCUCCAUAUUGGGACUCUGUGGGAGAUCCCGCCUUGGACUUGAUAGAUAAGAUGCUCACGGUUGAUGUGGACAAGAGGAUCACCGUGGACGAGUGCUUAGAGCACCCUUGGCUUACAGGGAAAUACCCGAGUGUCCACGACAGCACCGAUGGUUUAACAGGCGCUCUCGGAAAUCUAGACUUCUCACGACGCAAGGUUGAGCGGGAGCGAACCCUUCUCAGCAGUGUGAAUGACAUUCGUGUCAGUGAACGUGUCGAUGGCGACAGUGCCCCCGUGAAAGUUUUUCACAAAAAUGAACCCGUGAAACAAGCCCCCAACGAGCAUCACGAGGAAUCUCCUGCUGAAAACCGAGGACCCGAUGAUUUUGUUAAGCUGGGAGCCCGAGGUGAUCCCGCUCUUUUCGACGACGAACCAACUAGCCGCUACAGAUGAUAUGCGGGACACUCCUCCUGGGGUGAGCCAAGAGCUCCCACAGGCAUCUGUUAUUCAGCAUUAUUAGUGAUAGGUGCCUAGCACUAUCUCUUUUAUUAUGCUUUUGAUUGAUCAACCUAUAUUAUUCUUAAAUGGUAUCUAUUUUUCUCCUGAGUGCAUGCAAUCAUUUAUGAGAGUGAAGUCCUGCCUGGUGUAUAGAGAACAGCUAGUUACCAGGUCUUUGGCUACCACU